AUGACGCCCACCACCAAUCUCCUAGUCCUCGCUGUCUCCCUGCUCUCCAUCCUCACUGCCCCAGUCACCACUGUUGCGGAGACCUCUCCGUCCCCCCCUCCUCAACAAAUAGACCGCUCACAGAGGCCUUUCACUGCGGAGCCCAAGGCUGGCCCCCGCUCCCCUCUCCUGCUCCUCACCAUGCAGGCCAACAUCAGGCCAGCAGCUCUCCAAGGCAGGACCAAAACCCCCGAGAAACUCCCAGAAACCUCAGAGGGAGUUCUCGAGGCGCCUCCGAGACCCCUUCCACAGGUCAUGUUCCCCAAGAAUGUGACUUCAUCAGAGGCCCUUGCACCUCCCUUAGGGGCCGCCCAGGUAGCGCCCAUUCGCCCCCGUAUGAUGGACAUAUGGAUGGAUGUAUGUCGGGGUUAUUAUGACGUCAUGGGACAGUUUGACACCGCUUUCAACUGCUCCAAGGACACAUUUGUCUUCUGCUGUGGAACCUGCCACUACCGCUUCUGCUGCCCAGACCGUACCCGGCAGCUGGAGCAGCAGAACUGUAAAAACUACUACUCUCCAGACUGGGCCAAGCCACAGACCGAUGCCAUGAUGUUACCAGAUGACUUGGGUCCUGACCCAGACUUCGAUCCGCUGAAGCAGCAGAGCCACAACACGGGCUUCGUCAUCGGAGGCGUGAUUGUUUUCAUGGUGGCUGUCGCAGUGGGCAUCAAGGUGGUCUUCAACAAGGUGCAACAGGAAGCCAACCAAAGGGACCUGAAUAUGCCCAGAGCCUUGGUGGACAUGUUGCGGCACCAGUCCAGCCCGGUCCAGCAGGAUGAGAGAAACAACAGCGUGGCGUUGGCUGUAGGGGACAUGCAGGGGACACUGGGGAGACCUCCGAAAAAUCUCCACGCCCCAGGACUUCCUAACAAGGACAACAGAUUGGGCAAUUUGCAACAAAAUGUCAUCCACUCAUCAGGCACCAGCCCCAAACACACCGCGACUAUCGAACGCACCCCUCGAAUGAACAAUGCUCAGCUGGCAGCUGGAGGCACCCUGCUUUCCAGUAAACACAACAACACCAAAUCCCAGCCGGCCUUCCACCACUCCCUGCACAACCUGGCUCAGCUGCCGCCUUCUUAUGAGAGUGCCACCAAGACCGAGCUCAACAGAUACUCCUCGCUCAAACGCCUCGAGAAAGGUCUUGAUGAGUACUCAUCUGGUUACUGCACCACCAAGAGACGGCCUCACACGGCCCAGCCGGCCCUCCAGUCCUCCCAGCACCACCUCCACUGGGGUGGCGACUACACCCUCAGUGGUAGAGGAACCCUCCCCAGGCAUGCAGUCCGUCCCUGGAUCCCGCCGCUGCCUUCUGGCAUGCCUGCCUCGCCAACCCCCAACCCGUAUCCUCUGGAUCCCCCGGAGCCCCAGUACAACCCUGAUUACGAAACUCUCUCCAAGCCCCCGAGGAAAGUCAAACCCACCGACCAGCUGCUCAACAUGGGUGACGUCCCUGGCAACACGGGGACACUGUCCAGGUUGUCCAAGAACCAGCAACACCAGUACUACAAAGCCAUGGCUGCCUCCAAUAAGAACUCCAACACGCAGACACUCACCAGGAAGACCCAGGAGAGGCAAGACAGGCAGGACCGGCAGGACAGACAGGAGAGGCAGGAGAGGCAGGACAGGCAGGAGCGGCUGCUCAUGUCCCCGGACCAUUUGGAGGACAGGAUGGAGGACAGGAUGGAGGCCGGCGGGAUGGGGGUCGUCGAUCCAUACGCCCACACAGGAGGGAGUGUGCCCACGCUGCCUCGCCAGCAGAAGGCCCAGUCACAGCAGAACGUCUGCGCCACGCCCGCCCUCGACCGACACCACAUGAUCAAGAUGAACUCUCACCCCACGUCCGGACGAGAGCAGGAGAGGAGCACGGCCAUGACGGGCCAGAUGAGCGGGGGCAUGGGCUGGGCGGGGGAGAUGCCCGGGCAGGGGGUAGUCAUGGGAACGGGAACACUAGGGGGCCACAGCGCCAGGAGGAUGGCUUUUGCAGCGAAGCGGCAGACCACCAUUGAGCAGCUAAAUUUCAUACCGGGAGGGGGCGGUGAGGGGUCGGCAGGAAGUGGAGGAGGGAGUCAGGGCAUCAGGACGGGGAGUAAAAAUGAGGUGACGGUGUGA